GCUGCCCGGGCGGGGGUGCCGGGGCGGGGAGGGGGCGGUGCUGAGCGCCACGGGUCACCCCCGGGUACCCCAGCCCUGAGCAGCCGCUUUCUGCCUGCGGGUUUCACCAGAGAAGUGUCGACAUCUCCCUCUUUGAUUACAGGGUUCCAGGCACUCCCUGAAGACAUGGACCGUUCAGCGGAUGCAUCCGGGCUCCUCGAAGACUUUGAUGUUGGAUCACAGAAAGAGAGAGUCGUKACAGAGGAGGAAUGGCUACAAAAAUGGGAAAUGGGUAACAUCGGGUUUCACAAGGAACAAGGGCAUCCGCUCCUCCGGAAGUAUCUGGAUGUUCUUCUAAAUGGCAGGAGUGGAUUGAGGAUAUUCUUCCCGCUUUGUGGUAAAGCAGUAGAGAUGAAAUGGCUGGCAGACAUGGGACACAAUGUUAUUGGUGUGGAAGUCAGYGAACAAGCAGUGAAGGAAUUUUUUUCAGAGCACAGUCUGCCUUAUUGCGAGGAGCCAGUCCCUGAGAUUUUGGGAGCAAAAAUGUUCCAGAGUACGUCUGGCAACAUUUCACUCUAUUGCUGCAGUAUUUAUGAUUUGUCCAGCUCAAUAGUUGGCAAGUUUGAUGGGGUUUGGGACAGAGGAGCUCUUGUAGCCGUGAAUCCAUGUGACAGACAACGCUAUGCCAGUUUGAUGAUCAGCCUAGUAGAGAAAAAUUCUACUUAUCUCCUUGUUACAGUUUCAUAUGAUCCAAACAAACACAAAGGCCCACCAUUUUAUGUUCCUGAAAGUGAAAUUAAAAGUUUGUUUGGCAACUGCUGUGAAAUUAAUUGUCUUGAGAAAGUUGAUGACUUCUCAGAGAGGCAUAGACAAUGGGGACUAGAUUAUUUYCUGGAGGUGCUAUAUAUACUCAAGUUUAUAGCUUGAUUAAAAUUAAUUAAAAUAACUUGCCU